CGAGAUGAUGCAUGUCAGGCUCUAAAACAUCGUUGGCAAAAUGUUUUAGAUGCCCUUCAAAUUAUAUCUGAUGAUUCUGCGCAAAAACCGUCAAUGUGUUCAGAAGCUAAAGGUCUUGUUGCUUUAAAUCGACUUGAAACUACUAUUAUGACCGACGUUUGGGGAUUCAUUUUAGACCGCUUGAAUACGUCGAACAAACAAAUGCAAAAAGUCGAUAUUGAUUUAAGUUCCGUGGUUGGUAUUUACACUUUGCUUGUAGAACUUUUAAAAACGAACAGUGACAAAUUUGAAUUUUUUGAAGAGAAGUGUAAGAAGAUGUCAAAUACUGAAACAUUGACGUCGGUUAUGGGAGAUUUGGUUUCUCGGAGUAUGCGCAACAUGGCGCAUUUCUUGUAUGACAGCUUCGUUUCGGAUAUGUUCAUUCCUGUGAUAUUGUGGAUGUGGGAGUGCGGCAACCUCGUGUGGAUUGUGACUGCUUCCGCCCUUUUCCUUAUUACUGCAUAUUUUAUAACAAGUACCGCCCCCGAAUCCCCCGCGACUGCCUCCACCGCCACCGCCAGCAGCAGCAGUAUCACCACCACCACCACCACCAGCAACCACAUGGAGGGCGGCGAGACGACGGCAGCUCCGGAGCCCGGAGCGGCCAAUGCCGUCAACUUCAUCGUGGGCGAUGCGGAGGGUAACGUGGCCGAGGAGGACGCGGACACGGAGGCGGGCGCGCGCCUCGACGCCGCGGAGGAGGCCACCGACGUCUUCCCGGAGUUUGGUUCCGCCGCCUCCACGGGCGGCCGCACCCCGUCGCGCGAGGGCAGUGCUUCCAACAACCUUUACAACAUGUUCGCCCUGGCGGAAAAGCGCAAGCGCCUCAGGGUUUUU